AUGGAAUAUAGAGAUGGUAGAGCAGGUCAUUGUGCUGCUUAGGAUGAAAAUAGAUUACUUAUUUUUGGAGGAUAUAAUGAAAAUGGAUUUGUUAAAGCUGAUAUUGUAUGGCUUGAAUUAGAUUAAAAUAUUUAAGUUAAAACUUAAAGAGAAAAACUAUCCAAUAUGGAUACUACUAAACAUGAAAAAAUGAAAGAAAAAUAGAAAGUUUAAGAUGAAUAAGAAAGACUCCUAAAAUUAAGAGAGUAGAUUGAAUUACUCUCAUUUAAAGGCAUUAAAUCUUUUGCUCCCAUGCCUCUUAUUAAAUAGAGAUCAAGAUCUAGUUUAUGGAAAACUGUUUAAUCUAAGAAGUAAUAAAUGUUAUAAUUAAAAAUAAUUGAAGAAACUUAACAUCUCAUGAAAGAUUUCAAUAAUGAAUCAGUCUAAAGAAAUGAAGAAAAAUAAUAAGAAUCAACUACUCCACUUGUUAACUAAUUAGAUCUUAAAAAAAUAGCCAAAAAUUUUAGAUCAACUAAUUGA